GAAGAAAUGCUCAAAUGCUCAAAUGCUCCCUCUCUCUCUCUCUGUCUCUUUCUCUGUCUCUCUCUUCGGCAAGCUAUGACUGGAUCGUAAGAGAAGCUAAAUCUGAGAGAACUAGAGAGACCCAGAAGGCAGAUCAGCGUGACUUCACCUUAAGACCACAAAAAUGGGGACCGCAGACGGGAUCAUCGGGGGCGGGCAGCAGGGCAGGGGAAGCGCGGGAACGGGCGGGGGGAGAGGGACGAAGAAGAAGUGGCUGAAGAGGCGGGAGAGGUGGCUCGUUGUGCUGGGAGUGGUCCUGCACGCAGUCUACAUGCUCAGUAUUUUUGACAUAUAUUUCAAGUCGCCCAUCGUCCACGGCAUGGAUCCGGUGGCCCCUCGCUUCUCCGCUCCAGCGAAGCGCCUCGUCUUCCUCGUUGCGGAUGGUUUACGUGCUGAUAAGUUCUUUGAGCCCGAUUCUGAGGGGAACUUUAGGGCACCCUUUUUGCGAAGUAUAAUUAAAGGUCAGGGUCGAUGGGGAGUUUCUCAUGCCCGUCCUCCCACCGAGUCAAGACCUGGCCAUGUUGCUCUCAUAGCUGGUUUCUAUGAGGAUCCCAGCGCUGUUACAAAAGGAUGGAAGGCUAACCCAGUUGAAUUUGACUCGGUCUUUAAUCGAAGCCACCAUACAAUUUCCUUUGGCAGUCCUGAUAUUGUACCAAUAUUCUGUAGUGCGUUGCCUCACAGCACUUGGAAUUCCUAUCCACAUGAAUUUGAAGACUUUGCAACUGAUGCAUCUUUUCUGGAUGAAUGGUCCUUUGAUCAGUUCCAGAGCCUUAUUAAUAGGUCUUCUAGUGAUGAAAACUUGAGGGAUUUACUUCAACAGGAUAAUCUUGUUGUCUUCUUACACUUGCUUGGCUGUGAUUCAAAUGGUCAUGCUCAUCGGCCCUUCUCAUCCAUAUAUCUAAACAAUGUCAAGGUUGUUGACCAUAUUGCCAAGCGCAUGUAUGACCUUGUUGAAGGCUAUUUUAAGGACAACCGAACCGCCUAUGUCUUUACAGCUGAUCAUGGAAUGAGUGACAAAGGAAGCCAUGGAGAUGGGCAUCCUACCAACACCGACACUCCCCUUGUGGUUUGGGGAGCUGGAGUUAAACAUCCCAAACCGAUCCUCAGCAGCGAUCACACGGAUCAUGGCCUUCGUUUUAUUGAUGAGCAUUUGCACGACACACCAACUCCACCUGAAUGGGGUCUUAGCACCAUCGAAAGGGUUGAUGUUAAUCAAGCUGAUAUUGCUGCUCUUAUGGCCACUCUUCUCGGCUUGCCCUGCCCGAUGAACUCAGUUGGAAGCUUGCCGCUUGGUUAUGUCAACAUGGACAAGGCAGAAGAAGUAGAAGCUGUGACAGCCAAUGCAAAACAAAUUCUUAACCAGUUUCUUUGCAAAUCAUAUGUGAAGCAGUCAAAUUCAUUAUUAUUCAAGCCAUUCAAACCGCUGGUGAAUCAUGUCUCCAUAUUGGAUCAGAUUGAAGAACGGAUGGCAGCCAGAGACUACGAAGCUGCAAUGAAACUGUCUGAAAGUUUAAGAAGCUUAGCACUGGAAGGGCUCCAUUAUUUUCAGACAUAUGAUUGGCUGAUGCUGAUGACUGUGAUUACUUUAGGUUACAUCGGUUGGAUGGUCUAUCUUAUUCUCCAUGUGCUGCAAUCUUAUACCUCAUUGUCUGGAGUUGUAUAUAGAAAGGAGCAAGUUGUUCAGCCAAGAAAUAGCGCCGGAAAAAUUACCAUAUUGGGAGUACUGGUGAUGGGACUUUUUUCCAUUGUCCUCUUCAUUGAACACUCUCCUCCUUUAUAUCACGCAUAUUUCGCGAUGACCGUAUUCCUUUGGACACAAAUCCUUGAUGAAUAUCAGCUUAUUAAAGCUCUUUUGAGAUAUUUAAGCCGGAAAAAGUCAGACUUUGUCCUCAAACUUCUUGCCACCUUUAUUGUCUCCAUUGUCUUACUUGAACUCUUGGUGCAUAGCUUCACUGAGAGGAAGCUCUAUACAUGGUGUUUCCUGAUUGUGGGGAUUGCAGCUUCCUCCUAUUUGUUCUACUUAAUUCCAUGGGAAUCGGGGAUACCAUUUUUUGUUUGGCUUGCUUGUUGGUUCUUGUCAGUGUUUACGCUGAUGCCUGCAGAAAUUCCUGAUAACAACAAGUUGGUAAUUGCAAGCGGAGUUAUGAUCAUAUUAAUAGGAGUAGCUGCAAGGUGGCUUGAUAAGCAUGGUGAUGGGAAUAAAUAUUGGUCCAGUAUCUGUGGCCAUGGUAUGAAGAAAGCAAAGUUCCCAUUUCUCUUCCACUUACAGGUCCUUUUGGUGGGGCUAUCCUCAGCUAUGGUAUGGUUAUCUACAUCUCACAGGAUGGAAAAGCAAGAAUUGCAUUCCAUACACCAGUUCUUGAAUUGGUGUAUUGCUGGUCUUUCGAUAAUUCUUCCAUUAUUUUCUGAGAAUGUUGUCUUGUCUCGGUUAACUUCUGUAUACCUCGGAUUUGCACCUACGUUCCUACUAUUAUCAAUCGGAUAUGAAGCUGUCUUUUAUGGAGCUCUUGGUCUAGUACUUAUGGCAUGGCUACUUUUCGAGAACACACUGCUCUAUGUAGGUAAAGUGGAGAAGCCAUCAACUGCUAACAGGACGUCUGAGGAACAUGUUUCCGAAGAUGAUGUCAGAUACUUGCAGCUGUCUGAUGCAAGAAUUCCCCUAAUUUUUCUGGUUUUGUUCAAUGUCGCAUUCUUCGGGACUGGUAACUUUGCGAGCAUUGCAAGCUUUGAGAUAUCAUCUGUCUACAGAUUCAUAACAAUCUUCAGUCCGUUUUUGAUGGCUGCUCUGCUUAUUUUCAAGCUAUUCAUACCAUUCAUGCUUGUCAUAUGCACAUUCAGUGCUAUAGCCAAGCUCAUCCAAGUUACUCGGUCGGGCUGCUACUUCCUUGUUAUUCUAUUUUCAGACGUGAUGACCAUCCACUUCUUCUUCCUGGUGAAAAACAAGGGAAGUUGGAUGGAAAUCGGGAACAGCAUUAGCCAUUUCGGGAUCGUGAGUGCCCAGGUUGUGUUUGUUCUUUUACUUUUCGCCCUCACAGAUAUAUACACUAAGGACAUACAGGUCAUGUCCAACCGCCGACCGUCUUCUAGGAAAGCAGUGUAACACUCUUAGAGUUGUAUCGGACAAUCAAUUGGGAUUUUUGGUCCGUUCCCACUUGAUCAUCAGUUUCGGCCAUCUUUAUGUCUUUAUUCAAUCCAUAGAUUGCUAUUGAGAUCCGUCAAGAUCAACAGAAAUUCUAUCAUUCCAUCGCGAAAGCCUUCCGUAACAAGUUGGAGGGGCGUAAUCCGACUAUUGGAGGCCGGAGGGGAUGGGUGGCUCAGAAUCAUAGAAGCUCUUUGUGACAUGAUUAUCGUGUGUGUUUGUUUUUUGAAAAUUGUUUAACUCAACUCCACUCCACUUAUUUUCUAUUCAA